UCUCAUCCAGGAUGGUUUGUUCACAAGAGGAGUGAAAAACGUCGAUCUCCGUGUUGACAGAAAACACGAGUCAUUCGUGAAGCAGCUGCAGAUCAUUUGUUGGGUAAACACACACAAAAGCGGCUAGUUAUGGCCGAACAGGACAUUUGUCCCCACCUGGACUCCAUAGGAGAGGUGACCAAAGAGGAUCUUCUCCACAAAUCCAAGGGAACGUGCCAGUCCUGUGGAGCAGGGGGUCCAAACCUGUGGGCCUGUCUGCAGAAUGACUGCCCGUAUGUUGGCUGUGGAGAGUCCUACUCCGAUCACAGCACGCUGCACGCACAGGCUAAAAAACACAACCUGACGGUGAACCUGACAACCUUCAGGAUCUGGUGUUAUGUGUGUGAGCGGGAGGUGUUUCUCGAGCACAGGCCCACCCUGGUUCCUGUGCCUGUUGCUCCCCAUCACUGUAAAACCACAGAGCAGGAUGCCGGACAUCAGCAUGUUGGUUAUCCGCUAAAAGCAGUGCCGAUUGCUGUGGCAGAAGAAGAAGGUUCAGAGUCGGAGGAGGAUGAGCUUAAACCCAGAGGUUUGACAGGAAUGAAAAAUAUCGGGAACUCUUGCUAUAUGAACGCAGCGCUUCAAGCCCUGUCCAACUGUCCUCCCCUCACGCAGUUCUUCUUGGACUGCAGCGGACUGGUUCGGACCGAUAAGAAGCCGGCCCUGUGUAAGAGCUACCAGAAACUCAUCUCAGAACUCUGGCAUAAAAAACGGCCCAGUUAUGUCGUCCCUACCAGUCUGUCCCAUGGCAUCAAAUUAGUAAACCCCAUGUUUCGUGGUUAUGCUCAGCAGGACACUCAGGAGUUCCUGCGCUGUCUGAUGGACCAGUUACACGAGGAGCUGAAGGAACCUCUGACAGAGGGCGCUACGAGUGGGGAGGGCGUAGAAGGCGAUGAGAGACGAGAUGGUGACCGCUCCUUGUCUGAGGACGAAUUCUUGUCCUGCGACUCCGGUUCCAGCAGUGAUCGGGGCGAAGGAGGAGGUGCGGGCGACAGCGAGCUGCUCAUGCAAGAUGAAUGCGAUGGCAUCAGGUCACCUGCGAAUGGGAUGGCGGGUUCUGGAGGGAUGAUCUCUGAGAAGGAGAGGCUAAAGGAAAGAAGGGUGUCUGGAUCACCCCUGCAUGGAGGCUCUCAGGAGAUGGACGAGGACGCUGACGUAGAUACAGCGGCCGAGCAGGGGGUUCCUGACAGGGGAGCUGAGGAGGAGAUGACACCAACCCCAAACACUGAGGGACCAAGUCAAGAGAACAACCAGACCAGUACAACAGGACAAGUCCAGGCCAACAACACCUCAGAACCAGACAAUGAAGCGUCAAUGACCCAGCUUCAGUCCAGUCCCUGUAGUCCUGUGCGAACCCUGCAGGAGAUGCACUCCAAACUGUCCUCCAGUCCUCCUCGUUCCAGCCCUCUACGCUCUUUGAGCACCGUGUACUCCUUCAAAAAAGCUCAGCUGUUGCUCAGUUCCAGGAAGAAGAAGCAAUCCCACUAUCGCAGUGUGAUCUCUGACAUCUUUGACGGUUCUAUCCUCAGUCUGGUCCAGUGUUUAACCUGUGACAGGGUCUCCACCACAGUGGAAACAUUCCAGGACUUGUCCCUCCCUAUUCCUGGAAAAGAAGACUUGGCUAAACUUCAUUCUUCCAUCCAUCAGAACUUGCCAGCCAAAACAGGUGUAUGUCCUGACACCUACGGCUCACAGGGCUGGAUCUCCUUCAUCAUGGAUUCCAUACGUAGGUUCGUGGUCUCUUGUAUCCCCAGUUGGUUUUGGGGGCCUAUGGUCACCUUAGAGGACUGCAUCGCUGCCUUCUUUGCUGCUGAUGAACUCAAAGGUAAAUUAUAUUCAUCUAAAAGCUGUUUGAGGUUGAGAAAUGGUGUGAAAUAUUGCAAGGUGCUCCGACUGCCAGAAAUUCUGUGCAUUCACCUGAAACGCUUUCGGCACGAGGUCAUGUACUCAUUCAAGAUUAGCAGCCACGUGGCUUUCCCGUUGGAUGGUUUGGACAUGCAGCCUUUCUUGGCUAAAGACAGUCCGUCCCAAGUUACCACCUAUGAUCUGCUGUCGGUUAUCUGUCACCACGGCACUGCAGGAAGUGGACACUACAUAGCAUACUGUCAGAAUGUGAUCAAUGGACAGUGGUAUGAAUUUGAUGACCAGUAUGUGACUGAAGUCCAUGAGACAGUGGUGCAGAAUGCAGAAGCCUACGUUUUGUUCUACAGGAAAUCUAGUGAGAACUCUGUGAGAGAGAGGCAGAAGGUGGUGGCUUUGGCCAAUCUGAAGGAGCCCAGCCUGCUGCAGUUUUACAUUUCCAGAGAAUGGCUGAACAAGUUCAACACCUUUGCUGAGCCCGGACCCAUCAGCAACCACACAUUUCUUUGUCAGCAUGGAGGGAUACCUCCCAGUAAAUACUGCUACAUAGAUGACCUGGUGGUGAUAGUUCCCCAGAAUGUGUGGGAGUAUCUUUACAACAGUUUUGGAGGCGGUCCUGCAGUCAACCACCUGUAUAUGUGUGCAAUCUGCCAGGUGGAGAUCGAAGCUCUGGCUAAACGCCGGAAAACCGAAAUAGACACUUUCAUCAAGCUAAACAAAGAAUUUCAGGCCGAAGAGGCUCCGACAGUGAUCCUGUGCAUCACCAUGCAGUGGUUCAGAGAGUGGGAGGGCUUCGUUAAAGGGAAAGAUAAUGAGCCUCCCGGUCCCAUUGAUAACAGCAAAAUUGGGGUUAUGAAAGGAGGUCACAUACAGCUAAAGCAAGGUGCUGACUACGGUCAGAUCUCAGAGGAGACGUGGCAGUACCUGCUGGGCAUCUAUGGUGGAGGCCCUGAGAUUGCAGUGAGACAGACUGUGGUCCCGGCUGACCCUGACAGCCUUCAUGGAGAGAGGAAGAUUGAGGCAGAGACCAGAGCACUUUGAGAUACAGGUCUACUUUCUGCUCCUGCCCUCACAAGACCAGGAGGAACUCACACCUCGGUGAAGAAGCUUCAUUCUGUGCACUUUGUAAAUGUAGCAGUGCUCUAUUCCAAGAGGAUGAAAUGGUACUGAAGUAAUGCGCAUUUUUAUUUAUUUUUUUGUAAUUGCUUAAAUUGAUCCUCAAUGUCAACAUUUAAAAUAAGGCGUCGCGCGACGUCUUUUGUUGCCGUGUUGUUGAGCGCCGCGGACAGCAGGAUGAGACUGCAUACUGCUAACCCAAGAUGCUGAGAGGAGCGUUUUGUACAAUUCUUUGUUUGAAGAUGCAAUUUGUUCAUUAAGACUCACUGGACGCAACCGCCUAGAGACAUUUGACAACAUGCACUCUGCUGUUUGCCUAUUUGUAUAUAUGUAAUCACAGUGUAUGGCAUAGGGACAAGUUCAGGCGAGAGACACUGCAUAACUCACACUGUUGCACCUCCAACCUUAAAUACACAGUAUAGCUGAGCCCUCAGGAAUGGACGUUGUAAGUAAAAUGAUUGAAUGAAUCAGGUAUGACCCGAAACACCGCAGCAGGGUAUUUUCAAACCAGAGGUCAUGCAUGUGCAUGUUACAAAAGACUGUUUUUGGAAUAUUUGAAACUUAUCACAUUGCAUGUAACUGCAUCUUGUGACAGGAUCCUGCAGGUGCCAGAUUCAUGUGCUCGACCCCAUAAGAACAAACAGCUGGACACACUUUCCCCAGUGAAGAAAGUGUGUCCAAACGUUUGACUGGUAAUGUAAUGUGCUGAAACUGCAGGAAGUUUGACCCGAUCUUGCACAGUUUGCAGUAGAAAGAGGAACUGCAUAAAAGGUGCAAAACAGUGCUGGGACUCUAUAUCAACAGCAUAGAUAGAAGAAACUGCAUUUCUGAAAUGACCUACAAAUUUAAGUGUUAAUAAGAGUGGUUAUUAAAAUUACAUUUCUAGCACUGUGCUGCUUAUUGUGGUAAGUUACUCUGAUAAAUUCAAAAUGUAGACAUGUUUUAGCAGGACAUAUAUUUGCACAUAGUCAAAAUGCUGUUAAGCGUGAAUUUCAUAUGACGCGUAACACUUUACAUACAGCCUUUGGAAGAGUUAAUUCACAACUUAUCAGUAUAGAUACCAGUAUUGCAGCACUGACUCCAACAGGACAAAGGCGAUCACACUCAUAACUUGUCAAAGAAUGAAAUAUUCCCCCAGCAUCAUGAAUAACAUGGACGGACAGCACAACAUGCACAAACCUAGACGUGCUACAACAGUAAAAAAAAAAAUAAUUUUUGAUUAUUUUCAAGUGACUGCACAUAGCUAAAAUAUAAAUGCAUUUUAAAUUGAUUAACACAGAUGUGGAUUAAUAGAAUCACUGAUAAAUGGGCUGUUGUAAUUGCUAUUGUAAUAACAUUAAUUAUCAUAGUAAUUAUUACAGUAGUAGGCGCGAAUGCGAAGUUAACGCAACCAAUACUCUGAAAUGUUAGGAAUUAAUCUAAUGCCUCUCCAUGAAUAUAGCAGUCUUUUUACAGAGUCUUAAUCAGUUAAUCACUUUUCUAAUAAUAAUUAUGUGAGUACACGUGCAUGACAAACUCAACUGCUAUUAUUAUAGUAAUUACAAGAGCAGGCGAAAUUGCACAGCAAGUCCAACCAUUACAACGAUGGGCGCGAAUGUAUGGGGAAACUCAACCACUUUGCAGUAACACUUACAAUAGUAUGCUAAAAUUACAUAGCAGACUUAACCGCUAUUAUCAUAAUUAUUACAACAGUGGGUGCAAAUGCAUGACAAACUCAACUACUGUUAUCUUAAUUAUUGCAACUGCAGGCUGAGGUUGCACAGAAAACUCCACCAAUAUUGUAAUAAUUACUACAAAAGCAGGUAAAAUUGCCUGGGAAACUCAACCACUUAACCGUUGUAAUAACUGUGACAAUAUUGGGCACAAAUGCACAGUAAACUUUACUACUGUGGUAAUAAUUAUACAAAUAAUGGUUGAGUUUCCCAUGCAAUUUAACCUACUUUAGCCAUACUUAUAUCUGGCUAAAGUGGGGAAGAGGGAUUCCACUAAUGCCACUAAUCUCUUUCCAUUAGUGGCAUUACAUUUUGCAACACAUUUGCACCCACUAUUGUAAUAAUCAUUACAAUAGUGUCUGCAGCAAUGGGCUCAAACAACAAAAGCAUCACACCAGGGUUCAUUUGUGUAAGAAACAUGCUGAAUUAUUGUUUACAUUAUUUGUUGCAGAGCUUUAAACAUAUAAAAUGCAGUUUUCUUUGUCAGUACUAAUUCUUCAGUCAUUUAGUUCAAAUUAAACGGGUUUGGCCAAAAAAGGGAAAAAAAAAUAAUGAAUCUGAUUAUAGCGGAAUGUCAUUUAAAAAAAUUAUGUGGAUUAUGUGUUUUGCUUCUUUAUGUAAGAAAAUAUCUGCUAUCAUGAAUUGAGACGUGUUGAUCUUGAAAUGUAAUUUUGUUUAAGGAUUGAACAGAACAUGUUAGAUCUAAACCAACAACUUAUUUGAAUACUUCUGUGUUCUUACAGAUUUUACACUGAUCUUACACUCUUGUCUGCUAUACCUUUUAUUUAACAAAGUAAAUACCAGAAUUCCAGACGUUAGAAAUGUUUUACAACACUGCCCCUUUGGUUUCCAUUUGAACACUGCCAACCCGUACAAAUUCGGACAUUUUCAUAUUUUUGACAACCAGCAGCUUCUCACUCGAUUAGUCUAAACUGAUGUUGGUAUGUCUUCUGUUUUACUGCUGAAAAAAGCCUUGUUGGUCCAACAUAGCUUCUUCUUUCUGAGAGUAUUUGGUAUUUUAUUAUAGUAAUAUAUGUAAUGUAAUAAAAUGCAUUUAAAUGCCAGAGCAAAACAUAUGAGAAAGUCCAACAUUUGUUAAUGGAUACAGAGCUCUAGGAAACUGUUCAUUACUGUCAUGUUGUAGAUCAACCAAAUAUUCCCCUUGUUGUUAUUCAGCAGAUCUGCACAUACAUAUUUGUGCCCAGAACUGAAGGCGUUAAAACCGAACAUUGUGUUGGAGUCACUAUCAGGUCACAAUAAUAUGGUUAACAAAACUUGACAAAAUUUGACUUUGCAGAAACCAUGUAAUGGUAUGAUGGAUUUGUGGGAACUGGUCAGAUGUCUCGUGUAGCAUGUGACUAUUAUUGUGAGGUCUGAAAUCUUGGAUAUUACCUGGUACUUGGGAAUGUAGUUGUGGAAUCCAGCAGUGUAGGUGCCUUUGUUAACUAAGAAAGGUUUAUUGACUUAAAGACAUUCAUUUAUCUCAGCAGUGACAUUCAUGUGUCUGGGAUCUCAUCUUUUGAGAGACUCCUGAGAAGACCUUGUAGAGUCUUGAGGUUGCUGGACAGAGUGUCUUUGCAGGAGAACCAAAGUCCAAGUCUUUGAGAUCCUGGUGUUACCCGUCUUACUCUAUAGUUGUGAGACUUGGACACUGACCAGUGACUGAAGGUGAUGACUGGUUGCUUUUGUUACGAGGUCUCUUUGGCGGGUCCAUGGCUACAGUUUGGAUGACUUUGUGUCGAACAGUUAUUUUAUGAUGCUUGAUGAGACAUAUUACUUGUACUGUAUGGAAUCAUUCAGCUCCUGCUCACUAUCUAAGCAGGUUGAGUCAGGUUAGUUACUUGAAAAUGUUAUGCUCUUCAUCUAAAAAGCCUCAUCAGUUCUAGUUGGAACAGUGAGAGACUCUAAACAUUUAUCCUCUGUUGGGUCACUGAUGUCACAGUGAUGUAAUGACAGUUGUUAAGAGUUGUAUGAUUAUGAAAAAUCUUCAAGGAACUAAAGGAGAGUAGUUGAACUGAGGCUGCUGGAUACCAUGACCUGAAUGACUGAGAGGCCCCUGUUUGCCAGCUCGCUGCUGCACAUUACUUUGCUUAUCUGAGAGAUACUCUGGAUUCAACUGCCACGGUGUCUUUAGAUGAUAGCCAGUUGGGGUGCAGCUUUAGUGCAUCAUGGCAACGAGUGGCCUGGUUCACCGCCUUGAGGUUGGACUGGACUGCUCGGGUUACAUUCAUUGCAAACAAAUCUGCAUGGAUAACUAAACCUAAACUGGCUUCUGUCAUCAAUAAAUUAAAGUGGAAUGAGGCAAGGUCAAGGUUGUGUCAUCAGCAGAAACUGGAGAUAAUUCAUCAAAAACCAAAUAAUUUAUGUAAAUCUAAAAUAACUUUUGUGGAUAGACUAGUGUUGUGUUCAGGGGGAGUCGUGGCAUACUGUACAUUGGAUACCGUAGCAUGAAGCAUGCUACGUUGUCUGGGGAUAAACACCAGCCCAACGGGCCUCAGGGCCUGUAUAGGAUGUACUAGUUCCUAAAAUAACAGUGGUUCAAGGAUAGACCCAUGUGGAACUCCGUAUUAUGAUUAGUCUUUGUUAGCAUUUCUAAUCUACUGUACAUAGAGAUAAAUUGCUCUUACAGCUGUUGUUUCAUUCUACUUACAAUAUAUCCAAUAACACAGAGAGACUCUUUUUGGGGGGAGUGCAAAGAGCUAGCCAAUAAUAAGAAAGAACAAUUUUUAUUUUUUUUUUUUUGUAAAAAUGGCAUUGUAGUGUUUAUUUAUUUAUUUAAAAUUGCCAAAGUUUAACUACAAUAGAUAAUUCUGUUGGAUUUACAUGUGCUAUGGUUAGCUGCUGUUUUGAGAAGUGCAAUGGAAGAUGAAAAAUCUCAAGUGUAUAAAGAACAUGUUUAACAGAUAUUGGUCAAUUUUACAAUAAAAGUGAAGGUAGAGUAUAGAGCAAUACUGAUGUACAGUUGCCUGAAUUAGUCUUUGCUUGUACCCCAAAACUGAACCAUGUGUGUAAGAUUUCCAUUUCAUGUUCAUUCCACUGCAGGCAGUACUGCGAUUGGAAAGAUUUCACCAUUAAUGCCCCAACACCUUUCAUAGAACAUAACAGGACAUACUUAACUCGUGUUUGCGUCACAUUUACAGCAUGUGGCUGUUGUGGUCAUCAUAAUAGUCAUGUUUUGUUUAUGUGGGACUUAAGUUGUUAACAGCUCAGUGGGAUGUCUUAAUGUCUGUAUAGCUGAUGUAAUCAUGCCUGGUUACAUGAAUAAAGUCGGUUGGUCUUU